GUUGUGCGCAUGCUGGGUAACGGGCGAGCGGAGUGCUACUGCUACGACGGGGUAACGCGCCUGGGACACAUCCGGGGGAAGAUGCGCAAGAAAGUCUGGGUUAGCGCCGGUGAUAUCGUUCUCGUGGGAAAGAGGGACUACCAAGAUGACAAGGCAAGCGCGUUUUUUCUUGUUGUUUUGCUGGGAUGCCGCUCUGAGUAAUCAAGUGCCCACUGUUUUACCGGUGCAGACGGCGUGCGUUUGUGCAGUUUUCAGUUUCUUCUUUUUUCACCGUACAGUAGAGAAAGUUGUGGUUUUUGAUCCCCGCUCAAGCGCUUGAAAAAUGCCAACGCUGUGUACUUGUAAAAACGGUGUGCCUAUGUAAUUAGUUACUGGUAUCCGAGACGCUCGUCUGUUUUUUUGGGGGUCCCUUUUAUACCUAGUUCGCGAGGUGGAACAAAGUGUCUCCGGCCGAGUUCUCGACACCGCAGAUGACAAAGAAAGUGGCGUAUAUGAUACGUCAAUGCGCGCGACUAGACAGUAAGGUACCGAGGCACCCAAACGGACCCAUCUGCCUCCAUGCCGUAACAAGGUGCAUCUGGCUGUUCGGUGUGAGAGGUGCUGUACGUUCCUGUAGCGCUUUCUUUCAGCUCUUCUGCUGGGCAGCAGAUUACCCUCGCUCAUGUCGCCUUUCUUGACUCGCACGCACGCCUUUUUCCCCUGCCCUCCGCCGUUCACUUGCCGCCGGAUUUGCCACCCACGGGGGGGAUACCCCCCCCCUCUACCGCACGAUUUACCGCACACGCGGGGCCCCAACGAACGGCAAAAACCCACACGCUGGGCGAUCGAUGGUGGUUGGCGGCGUGGUCGCGGCUCGGAUGUGAUGUCGAAUCCGAUAUAUUUCCAUGGAAUCAGGUGGACAUCAU